AUGACCUCAGAAUACACGGAUUUUAUUGGAAUGUUACUUCUGGCAGCAGUUUGGGGAUAUACGAAUGUCUGGAUGGCCAAAGCAACAAGGGAAAAGAAGGAUAAUGUCAAGAAAGACGGUAAAGGCACUCUUUCAGAAAAGUAAAACGAAGUUUCGUUAUAGGUAUGGACACUUCUAGGAAGACCCAGCUCAAACCAUGGUAUCUCCGACCGUUUGUUGAUCUCUGGGGUCAUUUCAAGAACUGGAGAUUUCUUUUGCCAUUCGCUUUGAAUCAAUCUGCAUCUGUAAGUUGUUUUGUUGUUUCUGGAUUUGUUUUUAGGUUGUGUUCCUCUACUUUGUUAUCAAGACAGACCUUAGCAAGGCUGUGUGUACCAUAAAUUCCCUCACUUUUAUAUUCACCGGACUUUUUGGAUACUUUUUCUUUGGAGAGAAGUUGGAUUUGGGACCAACGUUGCUAGGAGCGGCUUUUAUUUUGGCUGGGAUUGGUGUGAAACAAGGCGUGAUUUGAAAGCAUUUUAAAAUCAUGCCUGGAAUCGACUGAAAUGUUUUCAAUGGCGUGUGCAAUAUAUUUUUUGUGAUAUUUACAAAAAUAAACGGGUUGUAUUUAUUGUCAAGGCGUUGUAUAUGCCGGAUUCUUGCUCCAAUUAAGUUUUAUUCAAACUUAUUAACCAGUUUUUUUGCUGAUAUCCUUGCAUGAUCCAUGUUUCGCGGCCCAUUUCCGUAUGCAUUUAAUGGCCAUAGAAUGAAGGUUAAAGAGUCCCCAAACUUGUCUCUUGCUGCUUGGCCCAGGGAACAUCCCCACUUCACCUUCACGUCCGUUUGUUUUGCGGUCAGUCGGGAAGAGGAAGACAGAGAUCGGGGAUGAAUGGGCUCUGCGCGGGGUCAGUGCGUGCCAGUAGACAGCGAAAAGCGAAGAUUUUCUGAGUUUUAUUAGAGCGAUCUGUUCCAUUUUAAUGAAUUUUUUUUGUAGCUUUAGGAAAACGCAUUUUUAAAAUUAUUUUUUUAGAGUGCUUUAUUAAGUCCAAGCUAGUCUAAUUUAACCUAAAACUUUAAGAAUUUCUUUUGAUUUGAAAAAAUUUAGAGGCUAAAAAGUAUUCGGCAAACGGACGCCGAGCCUUUUUCACGUGAAAUGAUCGUUCCCUGGAUUUUUUGAAGUGAGAAACAAGUUAAAACAAGUUCCGUUUCCUUCCUUGACGCGAUCUGUUCGUUCACGUUUCUUUCACCCACUUUCUUAGCUCCAAAUUCCUUAGAAUUACGCUGACGUGGCCUUUAAACCCCGUUAAAUACCACAAUAUUAUUCAAUUAUGGUCUUUAUUGUCAAAUUUAUUGAAUUCAUAUAUUUAUUAAUAGUAAUAUCACUCAUGAAUUGUAGGAUUUGGGUGUUCGUCUAGUUCAACGUGAAAAAAAUCUCGUGGAUUUGAAUAAAAAAGAUGAUAAUUUUAUCGCGAUCAAUCCGUUUAGCGUGAUUUUUAUAAAAAUCAUCAUAGUGUUUGACUAAAAUUAUAAUUUUUGAUUCCAGAGAUGUUUCGGCACUUCUUACUUGGGUUUCUGCUAAUCCCCGUGGCCGUUUUAUCAGACACCGACUACUACAUUCUUCUGGGAGUCAAAAGAGAUGCCGAUGAUCGGACGAUACGAAGGGCUUUCAAGAAAUUGGCCAUUACAAAACAUCCAGAUAAGGACCCGGCAAGUUUUUGAAGGCUUUGGAAUGCUUUAAUUUGUAUUAAUCAAUAUAUUUUGUAUUGUUUUAGGACAAUCCAGAGGCCCAUAAUGAAUUUAUCAAGAUAAAUCGAGCGUACGAAGUCCUAAAAGACCCGGAACUUCGUCGAAAGUACGAUCAGUUCGGAGAAAAGGGCCUGAAAGACAACCAGGAGUCCGGGAAUCAGUAUCAAAGCUGGGAAUUUUAUAAUGAUAAAUUUGGUAAGUGAUCAAAAUUUUAUUUUUUUAUUUAUUUUUUAGGUAUUUACGACGACGAUCCGGAGAUUGUGACGCUGAAUCGCAAUGAUUUCCAAGAGAAAGUCAUCUCAAGCGGAGAUUUUUGGUUCAUCAACUUUUAUUCCACGUUUUGCUCACAUUGUCAUGAUCUCGCUCCUACUGUAAGAUCGCAUUUUUUGGAAACGAAAAAAGAAAUAUUUCCGUAUUUUACACUUUAAUUUUUAGUGGCGUGAAUUCGCUCGUAAAUUCCAUGGAACAAUCAAAGUGGGAGCCGUAAAUUGUGCCGAGGACCCCGUUUUGUGCCAAUCCCAACAUGUCCGAGGGUACCCAUCAUUGGUUGUGUAUCCAGAACACGCCUUCUUCCAAGGCCAGCGAUCCCUGGAAGCCUUGUCCGAAUUUGUGACUGACAUGAUUAAGGUGGAAAUCCAUCAUCUCACAAAUAGAAAUUAUGAAUCCCUCUCAACGGAAUGGCAACCCUACCUGAAUAGACCUUGGCUGGUCGACUUUUGCGGUGAAAACGACAGAUGUAUGGAUAAGAUUGAGAGAAAAGUGUUGGCGCACAAAUUGAGAGACGUUGUGAAUGUCGCCACAGUGAAUUGUGGGGAAAGUCAGGACAGAUUAUGUGAGAAGUUGAGGUCGGAGGGCAUGGCUUUCUAUCCGGCAGGCAAAAUUGACAAAGAUCAAGAAGUGGUAGGUCGUUUUUUAUGAGAUUUUUGAGAGUUUAGGUCUAAUGGAACGAAAAAAUGAAAGAAGAAAAAGGAUCACUUCUCCCGCCUUUUCCAAAAACCUUCCUCUUUCUCUUUGUGGAAAAUAAAAAAGGCCGGAGUGUGCCCGGUUAGCUCAGUCGGUAGAGCACCAGACUCUUAAUCUGGCUGUCGCGGGUUCGAGCCCCGCAUCGGGCUAAGGCUCUUUUUCCACUUUUUUGAUGUGGGAAAUGGAUUUUUUGGGGUUUAAAAAAUGUUUGCGAUCUUUUAAAUUUUAAAUUGCUUCGUUUUAGUUGACGAAUGGAUUCGAAAUUAAUGAAAUCUACAAUGAAGUUAUCGAUUUGCUGAAUCCAGUCCCAGAAUUGUCCGAUCAAGAAUACAAAACGAUCCUCGACACGAUGGAAGAGCCCAAAGAAAAGGAUGUUUUGGUCAUUUUCACCACUUCCGACAAAGUUCGUAACUAUCAGACGGGUGAUUACAAGAAAUUACCCUAUUUGGCGGAGGAAACGAUCGUCAGAAUAGCGGAUUGUGGAACUUUAUCGGACAAUUGUGAUGGUCUACAGCUGGGAGCAUUGCCGAAAGUGGUUUUAUUCAGAGCCUCAGGGCACUAUCUGAUCAGUUACGGGCGGAAAGACACAAUGGAAGAUGCCUUGAAUUUCUUGAGAAGUGCCAAAAAGUCAUCAAUGAUUUCGCUGACCGAAAAUCUUUUUGACGAACUGCACGCAAAGUAUGAUAAGGACAUAGAAACUGUAUGGAUGAUCGAUUUCUUCGCCCCAUGGUGUCAUCCGUGCAUGCUGGCUUUAACCGAAUUAUCCCAAUUGCCCGAGGAGAUUGAGAGCAGAAGGGUCAAGGUCGGGAUCAUUGAUUGCGAUGUCUACAAGAGGCUCUGUCAAGAACAUCUGAUCCAAUCUUAUCCCACAUCAAUGCUUUUUUAUGGCUCUCAGUUCCCGAAAUUGAUCGGAUAUCAUGGGAAAGAUCAGAUUAUCGAGUUCAUCCAAGAGGCUUUCCAUCCGUCAGUCGUGGAACUGAACCCCAUUUCGUUCGAUGAAUUUAUUGUCAAAAAGCAGGAUAACGAAAUCUGGGUGGUCGAUUUCUUCGCUCCGUGGUGUGGACCGUGUCAACAGGUAAGAAUUAAAAAUUAUAUGAAGAAAUUAUAUUGUAUUAGGUUGAUGCAUAAUUAUCCGGCGUUUUUAUUGGCGCGUUUUUGCAUUGCAUUUUAUUAACUAAAUAAAGAAGAUUAUUUUCAUGAAAAGAAGUUAACAAAACGCGAAUUUCAACUAACAAAAAAGGCGCCAAUAAAAACGCCGGAUAAUUAUGCAUCAACCUAAUACUUGAUAUCAAAUUCUUAAAGUUUUUAAUGAAAUUAAUUUUUCUUAUGUGAAUUUUAUUUUAGCUUGCUCCGGAGUUCAAAAAAGCUGCUAGAAUCAUGCAAGAACAGAAUGAUUUGAUCAGUUUUGGCACUGUAAAUUGCGAUGAGCACAAAUCAUUGUGCACUUCGAAUGGAAUCCGGGGAUAUCCGACGGUCAGAGUCUACAAAAUGAAUGGCGGAGAGGCCUUGUAGGUUUAUUUAGUAUUUGACUUGAUAGAAAGGCGGAUUUUGUAAAAAUUAAAAAUUUGAAUUUUUUGGUAAAAAUUUUUUUAAUGGCCAUGGUGGAUGUUUAUAAAACACACGUUUCGUUAUACGAGUUUUUCAGUGAUUACCCUCAAAACUGGUGGAGAGACCAUCGAACAAUGAUCCAAUGGUUCAGCCAAUUCCUCCCCUCCGUUGUGGAAGACCUCAACGACGAAACAAUGGAAUUCGCAAUGAACGAAGACACCAAAGCCACGUGGAUCAUCGAUUAUUGGGCUCCAUGGUGCUCUCAUUGCAUCCAGUUUGCACCGGUAUACGAACAAGCGGCCAGAGUGAGAAAUUUUGCAUCAAUUUGCAAGAUCUUGAUGAUUUUUUUACAUUGUUGUUUUAGAUGCUGGAAGGUCAAGUGAAGUUUGGAAAGGUGAAUUGUGUGGACUAUGCCCAUAUUUGUGCCCAAGCCGGCGUCCAGGCAUACCCGACGAUCAAACUUUAUUCUCAAGGACGACGAAAUCCCGCCGGCGGGAUCAGAUUACACGCUCAAGAUGCGAAUCAACUGGUCGAUUUGACUCAUCGAAUCCUCGGCCAAUAUGGAUGGUCUCAUAAUCGGGAGGAGCUCUAG